UUCACUGACUGAACAGAACUGCGGCACAGAGAGACCCACGGGGCUUCACAGGAGAAAGAUGGGUCAGGGGACAUUCAAGGAGAACUGUGCGGGGGCGUCCCUUCGCCGCUGCAGCCGGCGCUGCCUGGGGCCGCUCACCUUCCACCCCCACGCCAAGGGCUCCAGCAUCUCGCUCCGCGCGGGGGGGCUGCUGGCGGAGAGGGUGGGCUGCUCCUUCAAGGACGCCAUCGUGUUCACCAGCCGGCCGCUGCGGGUGGGCGAGGUCGCGCGCCUGCAGGUGGAGCGCGGCGAGGGCCACUGGCACGGCGCCCUGCGCCUGGGUGUCGCCUCUUGGCACCCCUCCCACCUGGACCCCGACCUCCUGCCCCCCUUCGCCUGCCCCGACCUGCAGCAGCUCCCGGGCUUCUGGGUGGAGCCGCUGCCCGAGGAGUGCGCCUCCCCCGGCAACGAGCUGGCCUUCUGGGUCACCAGGCGGGGAGAGCUGCACUUCCAGGUCAACGGCGGGUGUAAGCAUAAGCUGCUGGGCGGCAUUGACAUCAGCGCCCCCUUGUGGGGGCUCAUCGACGUGUACGGGCAGACCCGGGCGCUGUGGAUGCUGGGUAAGUACAAGGAUGGGUAUUUUACCCGCACAGACCAUGUUAUCCUGUAGCUCUAGAGCUAUCCAGGAGCACUGUAUUGUGUUGUCCUGUAGCUCUAGAGCUGUACUGUAGCACUGUAUUGUGUUGUCCUGUAGCUCUAGAGCUGUACCGUAGCUCUAGAGCUGUACCAUGUUGUCCUGAAGCUCUAGAGCUGUACUGUAGCUGUAGAGCUGUAUGGUGUUGUCCUGUAGCUCUAGAGCUGUACUGUAGCUCUAGAGCUGUACUGAAGUGCU